ACACAAAGCCCGACCUCCCGGUCCCAACUUGACGGGCUGCUUUUCUUUAAUAUAUAUAUAUAUAUAUGAAACAAACACACUCUAUCGAGACAGAGAGAGGAGGUGAAGAGACGGCAAACUGGAACAGUUGGUAACGCUGUUCAUCGAUUGCUUGGCGGUCAUUUUUUUGUGUGUGUUGUUUCUUGGCAAGUCAGGCUCAAGUUGCAAUCCCUCUCUCCAGCUGUCUUUUUUUAAAAAAAGCUUGAAAAGCGAAGGAGCUGCCAAUUGGAGAAUUCAGGUAUUUUCUUGUUUAACUGACUGGAAGCGAUCUACAGGGCCCUAUUGCUACCUUGCCUGCUGCAGCUGAUAAGCGUUUUCACCACAGAGAGAGAGAGAGUUCUCGGGCUGCCUUGUAAAGCAGUGAUCGUUCGAGGGCGAAGGAAGCUUGAUCUAUUACAGUGUAAAACUCAGGACUGGAGUGUGCCGGAGACCCGCGUGUGUUGCAGUCAAUGACUCUGCGCUUCUAUUGCUAAUAGUUCAAAGUUUGCUCUCUAGUGCGGAAGCGUUGGCAACGACCGACGGGGCAAGCACAUGGAUGGGUUGCCCCUGGAUUUAAAAGACUGAUUGUGAUCGAUUUUCUCUCUCUCUUUCUCAACGCACAACAUAACAUGGAAAGUCUAUGUCUUAAGCAACGCCUUUUAGUUCCAGUUCUCACAUCGGACUUUACAGCCUCAAAAAGGAGAGGAAUAUAAAGAGUGAAUUUCGUUCUGUUUCGCUUUGGAAGGGGAAGCGAUGGAAUUUCUCCGGCUGCUUUUCUUGCUUUGGGGAGUCACGGCGCUUUCGGACGGUGCCAGGGGUCCGCCACAGAUUUCUGCAAGAGUGAUCAACCGACAGACAGUGAGGUUAGGUCGAACGAUCAAGUUGCCAUGCCCAGUAGAGGGUGACCCCCCACCAUUGACCAUGUGGACAAAAGAUGGCCGCACCAUUCACAGUGGCUGGACCCGAUUCCGAGUCCUGCGCCAGGGUCUGAAAAUCAAAGAAGUGGAAGCUGAAGAUGCUGGGACAUACAUCUGCAAGGCUACUAAUGGUUUUGGCAGCAUUAACCUCAACUAUACCCUCAUCGUGAUUAACGAUUCAAGCACAGGAAGGAACGGACAGAAACUGCCUCAAGGAUCAAAUGGGGAAUAUACAAAUGAAGAUCCCACAGGAAAACAAUGGGUCAGGCCCAGGUUUACCCAACCCACCAAAAUGCGUCGCAGAGUGAUAGCCCGUCCCGUGGGCAGCUCGGUCCGGCUGAAGUGCGCUGCGAGUGGGUAUCCCCAGCCCGAUAUCACCUGGUUGAAGGACAACAAGCCUCUCACGCCUCAGGACAUGGGAGACACCAAGAAAAAGAAGUGGACUUUGACCCUGAAAAGCUUAAGACCUGGAGACAGUGGGAAGUACACGUGCCGCGUCUUUAGCAGAGCGGGUGAAAUCAAUGCAACAUACAAGGUUGAAGUAAUCCAGACCACCAGGUCCAAACCCAUCCUGACCGGAACGCACCCUGUAAACACCACUGUCGAUUACGGAGGCACGACCUCCUUCCAGUGCAAGGUCCGCAGCGACGUCAAGCCUGUGAUUCAGUGGCUGAAGAGAGUUGAAUAUGGCAGCGAGAAUAAGUACAACUCCACCAUUGAUGUCGGUGGACAGAAGUUUGUGGUGCUGCCAACGGGAGAGGUAUGGUCCAGGCCUGACGGCUCUUACUUAAACAAACUGAUGAUCUCCAGAGCAAAGGAGGAGGACGCUGGGAUGUAUAUCUGCUUGGGCGCAAACACCAUGGGAUACAGCUUCCGGAGUGCCUUCCUGACCGUGCUGCCAGAUGCCAGUCAUAACCUUGAACCCUGGAAUAGCUCUGUCUCCCAUGCCAAUACCUCAGAUGUGAACAAUGACACUAGGCCCUGCAGCAUUCACCCUGACACCUCAAAUGACAGCAGUAACCCGUCAGAUGCUUCAGAUGGCUCAGCGGAACUGCCAGCAACAAGAGGCUGUGUGCAGUCUAGUAGCUCCAGGUUUCAGUCACCUGUAGAGACAGAGGAGACACACCCCACAGAAUCAGUGGAAGAACAUAAGAAGCCUUUUGCUAUUAUUAACACCGGCCUGCCCAAGUUGUUUGGUAGUUUGACAAAUGUUUUUUACAAGCUAGCUAGUGGAUAUGCUAAUGCGCAAAAGUUGAACACCAUGCUAGAAGGUGUCUUCAGUCAUGUUAUACCAGUGAUGGGUGGACCGCCAAGUAAUAAAUCAUCUCAGUUGGCUAGGCCAGCUGCAUGGGCAAAGUAGUGUGGCCCAUGGAACCACACUGGACCUGGUGGUCCAGGAUUUCCCCCUUCACAAACAGGGGCCACAUCUCAACUAUCCAUCCUGAUGUCAGAACACAAAUUCAAUGGCAGUGAUAGUCAUUCAUCAACAUAAUCAAUAUUCUGUCCUGAUGUCUUGGAAAAGCAACCUUGAAAUGCAAUUUUUCUACCUUAGCAAAUAAAAUAACAAGCACAUAGAAUCUUUCUGGACCUCAUGACAGAAUUGUUUGACCUGAUUUGCAUUUGUCCAGUGGUUUUAAAAAAAAAGUUCUGUUUAACUUCCACAUUCAGACAGCGACAACUUGCCAACUACAAUGUGGUUAAUCUGCACAUAGGCUGGUUCAUACAUCACUCAACAGGUUUUAGUACAAGUGAGGGAGGGAACUCUCAAGAUCACUUCGGAAUUUAUUGCUUCCCCCAGCCUCUUAGGAAAGUGCUAAAACCUAUCUUGAAUAAUUAAUCCAUAACAUGAAAGAAAGAAGGAAUGUGCAAUUAUAUUGCCUCUUUAGGUUGUUCAAUUAGUAGCGCAUUUGCCCCUGAGUCAAAGGGUUAUGGGCUCAAGUCCCAGUGCAGCACAUAAACACAGAUGUGCAGGCUGAUACUUCAGUGCUUGGGGGAGUGCUGUGCUGUCUUUUGGAUGAGGUUUUAAAUCGAGGCCCUGUCUACCUUCUCAGGUGGAUAUAAAAGAACACGUUACUGUUUCGAAGAAGAGCAGAGGAGUUCAUGCUGGUGUCCUGGCUAGUUUCCAACCUUCAAACAACUUCAGAAAAACAGAUUAUCUGGCAAUUAUCGCAUUGGUGUUUGUGGGAGUUGGCUGCCACAUUUCCAGCAUUACAACAGUGAAUACACACCAAAAUACACUUCAUCAGCUGCCAAGCACUUUAGGACAUCCAGUGGUUGUGAAAGGCGUUACAUAAAUGUAAGUCUUCCCUCCUUUCACAACGGCAGGACGUCCUAAAACACUUCACAGCCAAUGAAGUAGUUUUGAAGUGUAGCCGCUGUUGUAAUAUAGGAAAUGCAGCAGUGAUGAGGUUCUGAUAUUUUCGGGGUGUAAGUUGGGAGAUAAAUAUUAGCCAGUACACAGAGGAAAACUCCCCUGCUCUUCUUCCAAAUAGUGUCAUGGAAUCUUACACAUACACCUGAGGUGUGAACACUGCAGUACUCCUCAGUAUUGUACUGGAACUUCAGUCUAGAUUAUGCUGACCAACAAGAGUCUGGAAUGGGACUUGAACCUCCAACCUUCUCACUCAAUGGCAACCCUAGACCAGCUGUCUAAAUUGGCUGCAGAUGUGUGGGAUGAUGGGUGGAAAUCUUGCCAGCCACUGAUCAGGGUUUCUAACAGUAUUUUCAUGGAGCACGUACCCAGCAGAUUUGAUUCAAAGACCUGCCCGGAUAAAAGGAAGGAGUUGAUGCCUGUGUUAAAACAGCACACAAAGGGAUAUCACUGGAACAUAUUCAGUGUUUUAUUAUUAAUAUUGCAAAAUGUAAUUGCUAGACUCAGUAUGUUUCUUCUGAAGAAAAAAUAAAACACAGCUCUAUCUUA